AUGGAAGAAAUGAAUUCUGAUCAGGUAUUUGAAAUACCUGACACUCCUGAGAGAUCAGCUGCACGGCGUAUAAAUGGUGCACAAUUUGGAAAAGAAAGUAAUUCUUCAAUGCUUGGUCGUCAAAGAAAGUCUGGUUUUAUGGAUGAAAAGAGUUUGAAUCCUCUGCAGGCAAGCAGGAGUAGGGUGCUUGGUGAAAAUGGGCUCAAUAGAAAACUUCAUUUACAUCUUCAAAGGAGUCCCAUUAAUGUUGAUGAAUACAGCCCUCAAAGUAUUUCCCCUUUGGAGAAUGGUCAUCCUCACCAGAGUGCUCCUUUAUUUAGAAGGCCAGCAAUAGACAAUAACUCCAAGCCUGAGAAUAGGCAGUCUAAAGGAGCACAACAUGCGGAAAAACGGAAAGCUGGUCAUGCUACAAAUUCCUCUAAAAAACCAUCCUGCGUAGAAAAUGAUGAUUUUUUAGAUUUAACAGAGACGAGUGAGCCUGACAGAAUACUCGACAUCGUUUUUCCAUGUGGUGCAUCAAAAGAUCUCCAAGUUAAAGAGACAAGAGAAGAUCGAAUAUCAUCUAAUGGUGGUUCUUCUUUACAGUUGGCCCCUCGUUCUUCAAGGAUAUCUGGCGGCACCUCUAAGGGGAAGGAGAAAAUAGAUUUGAAUACAUGUAAUGGUUCUGGUUCAGAUUCAAAUAUUGUGAAAGGAAUUGAUCCUUCUAGUGGUUAUCGACAUAAAAUUGAAAAGCAACUUCCUGUAUGUCAUCUAUCUGUUUCCUCACCAAGAGUUGCUGGGCAAAAGAGAUUAGUGCGAAAUGGUUGUAUUUCUCCCCAUAAUAUAGCCACCAGGGCCCAAAAAAUAGCUGAAAGUCCCCAGGAUGGCUCCACAGGUGAUGAAAAACACCAUGCCAGGAACAAGUUGUCUGAUGGUCCAUCUAACACGGAUCUUAGGGGAAUAGUUGCUGAAGAGCAUGGUUGUUAUAGAGCUAAAGGAAAAUGGGCUGUCCAUCCUUCUACAUCAAAGGAGCAUGAUGCCAACAUAUCUAAUAUGUCUACCAGAACUUCUGUGAUUAAUAAUGAAGCAUCUAGUGAAACCAGGGAUGACCGUAGAGAUGGAUUAUUGGGUGGUUGGACAAGUACACACAAAAGAUCGAAGACAAAAGAUCAACCAUUGUCCUAUAUGGAUCAGCAUAUUUUGGGAAGAGAUGAUGAUGUUAGAUGCUUUACAAACAAACAGCAUGAUGACAGAUUGGUGGAAGGAGAUAAUGGCAGCGGCAGCAAACUACAUCAUGUUGGGAAUGUAGUUGCUAAAAGGAGGAGGACUCAUGGAUUAACUUCAAGAAAUCAAGGUGAAUGCCCUACAAUGGUUCCUGAUGACUCAAAAAUUUUGUUUCUUGGUUCAUCUCAGGAAUCAUCUAGCUCAAGAUCAUCUAGAGUUCACAAUCAUCAACAUGAGGGCAAUCUAGAACCAAUUUAUGAAAUUGAUGAGUUGUCAACUGAAAUGAGAAACAAUGACCCUCUAGUUAUAGGUUCCAGGAGUAAUGACGACUCGGAUGUUAGGGCAAGACAAGUUGAAGCCGAUGAGAUGUUGGCUCGUGAACUGCAGGAACGAUUAUAUCACGAGGAACCAAUAUUUGGAGGAGGCGAGAUGGAUGAAAGUAUAGCACGGGCACUGCAGCAGGAGGAUGAUGCGCUCUCUGCAGCAUCUGGUCAAAUUCAUCCUGCACCACAUCUUAGAAACUCAUCAAUAGUGCAUCCAUCAAGACAGCGACUGCCACGGUCCUCUCAGAACCUUUCGAACAGGAGAGGAACCCAGGCUCAAGUUAAUACAACCAGAACAUCCGCCUUGAGAAAUCGCUUGCUCAACCGGACUCCUGUAAGAAUAUCAAGAGGGAGGAACCCCGUUCCAGCAGCAUUCCCUGGAGGGCUGAAUUUCCAAUUUCCUUCGGGAAUGGAUUUAGAUAUGAGACUUAAUAUAUUGGAAAAUUUAGAGGCUUCAAUGACAGCUAGUCACAUGCUUCAAGUUCAGCGUGAUUUUAAUGAAAAUGAUUAUGAAAUGUUGUUGGCCCUUGAUGAUAACGUUUCUCGACAUGGUGCAUCUGCCAGUCAAAUUAACAGUUUGCCUGAGUCCGUAGUUCAGACUGACAACUUUGAAGAGACCUGUGCUGUUUGUCUUGAAGCCCCAGUUAUUGGAGAAAAAAUACGUCACCUCCCUUGUUUACACAAAUUUCACAAAGAAGUAGGAAUUUCUGUAUUGAUCCAUGGCUCAGCAGAAAAACAUCAUGCCCGAUUUGCAAGUCGUCUACAACUUGUUAAUUUUGCACCAUUGGAUUUUAGUGCUUCAAUUAUGAAGAGUCCCCAAUCGUUAGUUGAUAUGCUGGGGCGUCAGAGUGGAAUUCUUGACCAAAUUUUUAGUGAAGUUGACGCAAAGGGAAAUAGCAUCCUGCUGUCUGACCAUUUGAGAAGAUUAUCUGGAGCAUCAAUGAACUGA